AUGAGCGCCGCACGUAUGCUGCAAGCAGGGCCAUCGCGGCUUGCACCAGCUCUCAGUAUCUCGCUCCGGAGCACCUGCCCGUCACGAUGUUCCGCCCUGCACACCACCGCCGUGCGAUGGCGGCGUGAAUCUCCCACUCACGGACCUCGAUCCUCCCUUCGUGCCUCUGCGGUUUCGUCACCUUCCACGAGAACAAGCAUCCCAGCUACACCCAGCGCAUCGACCCCGGCGACCACAUCUCCACCUCCAAGAUCCACGUCUUCCACGCCUGUCGCAUCCAGCUCCGGCAUUCCACGGCAUCAACAAGCCAAAGUCGAAGUCAUCCCCUUCCGAGUACCCACAAAAGCUGCAAAAGACUACCUCACCACGCUAGCAACCACCGAGGUCAUGCCUCGCGUAAUGAGCAGAUGGUCCAUGAUCAAGCACCAGUUCCUCUCGCUCAUCGGCAUCAAGAGCCUAUCGGAACCAGACGGCAACAUUGUCAAGCUCGAACGAAUGACAGCGCUCUAUCUACCAACUUGGGUCGUCGACGCAUCGUUUGAGAUCAAGUGUCGAGGAAACGACGGCAGGGCCGAAGCAAAUUUCAUCACCACAUCAUCGAGGUUUCCAGGCCACUCCUGGAAGCCCAUGGACUCGAUACCGAUGAUCCCACCACCACCGCACGAUAUGAUGCCCACGAUGGGGAAAGACCCAGAGUAUGCUGCACACACACCCAAAGACGCUUGGGACAAUUUGGCCAUGGCCGAUUACGAGUCAUAUGAAUCGCAUCAGAAGAGAAAGGCCGAAUCAAAGGUGCAGAUCAAAGGCGGUAUCCCGGAUCCAUUGCCUUUCACCAUUUCGCCCUUGUGCUUGCCAGACAUGAUCAGGAGACAGCUCGAGUUGAAGGACGUCACUUUCACUCCCGACUUGGCCGCCGGUAUCGAGCUUCCAGGAGGCGGCGUGCACGGACUGGGGCUCACCAUCGCUCUAGUCAACGAGGAGGGGGAACAGAUCACCGCUCCUCCCGUACGCUUUGAACCCGAAACGCUCAAGCUAGAUAUGAUGGCCGCGUACCCGAUCCUCAUGCCGCUCCACAUGGCAGAGUUCAGCUACGCCGACCAGGAGACCGGCGAUCGACAUUUCAUCACCAUGGUGUUGGGCGCGUGGGAUACCAACGGACUGCAAUUCUGCAUGAAGGAGAAGGACGAAGAUUGGCAAUGGUCGUUCCUCAAGACGGAACCGCUCAAGGUGGAUCUGUUGGACAUGUACCCGCGCACGCCGAUCAAGACGACGCUCAACGAGAUGUUUGAGCGAGCUAGGAAGGAGGAGCGGGAGGAGAGACGCAAGGCGUACGCACAAGAGAUGAAAGACGCCGAGGCGGAAGAGGGCGCAUCGAAAAAGUCUCGCAAGACGAGGGAAGAAUGGGAGGCCGAGUUGGACAAAGAGGAUGCGGAAAAUCAAAAGGCAUUCAGGUCGGACCUGCGAUCGAGGAUGAUGGAAAAGCUGCGUUCGGAGCUACCUAUCAAAGUGGCGGUAGAACAGCGCAGUCUAGAGAUGUUGCAGCGAGCCGACUGGAUCCACUGGGAACGAGACGAGCGAGAAGCCUUCGAAACACGAACCUCUCCCACCAUCCCGCCGAUCGCCUCCAUGACACCCACCGAAAAGGACCGUCACGAACGCACCAAGCUGCUCGCCGCCACAUCACCCACCGAACCACGACCGUUCCAACGACUAGCGAACGAGCAGGAACGAAAAGCCGAGCUCAACCAUCCCGACCGCAAAGCCGGUCUAGGCAGAUACAUCCACUGGACAUCGCCUCACGUCCAACGUCUUUCCCACAACGUCUACGCCAACCGUCGCUAUCUGACAGAAACCAUCCCGGCGGUGUUGAACAGCAGGAAGAUGAUGGCUAGCAUCCAGGAGAACGGGUACGAUGUGGAUCGGUCGCUGACGAAAGCAAAGCUGGAGGAUGGGAGAAGUGUGAGCGGGGAGGAGGCGUGGAAGACGAUUGCGGCGGACGAUUUGAGUGUCAGGCAACAGAGGGAGAAGCUGAAGCCGAGGUGGUUGAAAGCGCUCGAGGAGGCGGGGAGAUAG